AAGAAGAGAAAAAGAGGAACUUUGGGGAUUAAGCCCUAGAGACGUUCAUUUGGGGGAAGGGAUGAAACCCAGAUCCGCCGAUAUUCACAAAAUUCGGUAAACAUUUAUGGAUCUGAACCUUCGAAUUGACUGAAAACUCGAUUGAAAUCAAUCAUUGAUCUCCAAUUUGGUGUAUGUGAUUCAAAUCCCCUUUGAUUUUUGUAGAAAAAUCAGAGCUUGAGAACCUGAUUUUUUGGGGUGGAUGAUGGUUUUGAUGCGAAAAUUUUGAUGUUUUUGAGGGAAUUAGGGUUUUGAUCUGUUGAUCGGAGAAGUGACAGCGGGGAUGAUGGUGGAUUGGGUUUGAAUCGAGUGAAAACGUUGUGGAGAUUUGAGGGAAAUUGAGAAACCAUAGAGAAAUAUGCAAGCGAGGAAUCGGAACUCCGGGGAGGGGAUGAGGUCCUACAACUCCGGUUACCGUGGCUUCGGCCGGGGUGGCUUCAGCCGGGGCCAUUCGAAGCCCUAUGCUCCGCCGCCACCGCCGCCGCCACCUCCGCCGCCGCGCAAGACUGACAUCUUGUUAGAGGCCGGGCGGUUGGCGGCUGAGUACUUGGUCUUCAAAGGGCUCCUUCCUCCGAACUCGCUGCCGGCGAGGUGGCAAGACCGUAGCUUUCAAGAACCCAAGGACCGUGAGCCACCUCCACCGCCGCAGCAGUCGGCCUUCUCACGGCUUGGUAGCUUGCAGCCGGAUCACCAUGGGAGGAGGAGGUUUGAUGAUGAGUAUAAUCGUCCUGGCAUGAAGAGAGGGAGGAGAAGAGGACCUUAUAACCGAAGCUAUUCUUCGGAUUGGGGUCGAGAGAAUGGAAGGAAUGGGCAAUGGAAUGAGAGGAGUGGUCGGCAUUGGGAUGGCCCCGAAGGUGAUGAUGACUUCGCUCCUGGGUAUCAGAGGGAAAGACGAACUGGAUUCGAUGAUGUUGGUUCUAGUGUUUCUAGAACUAGCAGAGAUGAAAGGAAUUCGAGAAGUGAAUCUGGUUCGGAGAUUGAGAACCAUGAGGUUGUGGAUGAUACUGGUUCGAAGGUGAGCUCUUCGAGUACUAGGAAGGAGCAGCUAGCUGAGGUUGAUGUUGAGAUGAGCAAGAACAAAGAGCUCGAUGAUGAUGUGAAAGCUGACAAUUUGGAGAAUGGGGAUGUUAACAUUGAUGCUGAGAAGAAAAUUCAGCAAGAGGAGGAUGUGAAUUUGCAUGCUAAUAAUGCUGCUGACAAUGAUUCGGCAGUUAAGCUUAGUAGUAAUUUGUUGAAGCUAUGUAGCUUUGCUAAAGUUCCAACAAGGCCUCGCUCGUCCUUAAUGCAGAGAAAUGACAAACAUGAUGAUAAGCCUAUGGAAGGUUCCUCAAGCAAUUCACAUGCUGAUCAAGACGAUAAUUUGGAAGGCGAAGCACGGAAUGUUACUAGUGUUCUGACUGAUCAACCAAUGGAAGAGACUGUUGAUGUACAUAAUGAAGCUAAUGAUAAUCCGCCGGGUUUUGAAGCUUUUAGUUCUGCUAUUGCGGAGGAGGAGGAUGCUAGUUUUGAGCAACAUAUUCAAAAGAAUGACGAGAUUGAUACUAAUACGGAGAUGAACUUAACUUCAAGUGAGAUACCACAGGAGGAGGAUUAUCCAAACCUGCAUGACUCUGGAGAGACCCAAGCAAAGCCGUACAUUGAGAACAUUCCAUCGGAUGAUGAUAUGGUUGAGGAAAUUGAGCUAGGGAAAUCAUCUAGCCCUGUUUUAUUUUCAAAAGAAGAACCCUUUGAAGAAGAUAAGCAGCUUGAACCGACAUCUUUUAAAACCUGUGACCUUAACCUUAUGGAAGCCCCAGAAAUGACAGAUAUACCUGAUGGUUCUGUCCUGGGCAGCCUUCAGACAUCUGCAUCUACUAUAAAAACUGAAGAAGAAACAGCUGUUGGUUUUGGUUUGUCAAUUGGUCAUAAUGUUAACGGCUCUGAUGUGUACAACAGAGCUUCAGGUGAUAACAAGAUGGUUCCUAUAAUUAACCUUGAAGAUGACUCCCCAAUGGAAGAUGCUGCAUGUGGUUCUUCAAAACCAAAGAGUGAGACGCUAUAUUCGAGCCUGGAGAACUUUCUGAGCCAAGCAGACCAUCAAGAUGAUCUUCACAGUAUUCAGGAUGGUUAUUCUCUUGCAAUUUCCGAAUUACUUGGAAAUGAUAUCUCUGGUUGUCCAUCAGUAUCAUCAGACCUGAACAACCUACAGACAGGAAUGGGUCUUUCUGGUCCCGAGGGAGUCUCUGGAGUUGAUGAUUCGAUAUAUGUUACCCUUGGAGAAUUGCCAAUAGCCUUUAUGGAGGCUUGGGAUCAACCACCUCAGGAGUUUGGAAAGUUCUUUUGAGCAGUUCGAUUGUGUUGUAGCAUUGUGUUGGAGCUGCUGGUUGUUAGUACCAGUAAUAACUCAAAUUUAGAUUCAAGUAUGGUUAUUUUCUUACUGCGAAGGUGUGUACUAGUAACUCUCUUCGUAUCUUAGUACCAACUGCUGUGCAUUGUUGGCGCACAUAUUGUCAUACCUUCUUUCAAAUGAAAUAUUAAUGGUAUAUCAGUGCAAGUUAUUUGGAUCUUCCAAAACAGCUUA